AUGUCUAUACAUAUUUAUGACUAUCUCAGACUUUUUGGACCUGUGCAGUCCUGGUGGUGCUUCCCUUAUGAAUGUCUCAUUGGACACUUGCAACAUAUGCCCACAAACCACAAAUUUGGCCAGCAAGAAGAAACUGUUUACAAACAUUCAUAUGAAGUUCCCAACUCAAAUCUUGGCUCUCUUGCUCAGAUGCUCCAACAAUCAUUCAGCAAUGUAAAUCUCUUUUCGACAAAUACCUAUCUGACUCCAAAGGCUUGA